AUGCUAAACCAGCCACAAGACCCGCUGGAGCGAAGAAGAUUACAAAACCGGCUUUCCCAGAGGAACCACCGCCGAAAGAUUAGAGAACGAAUUGCAAAGCUUCAAGAGCGAGUUAUUGCGAACGAGCUUAGGGCUGCCGCUGUUCUCCACGGAUGGGAUCAAGGAUACAAUACCGGAUACAGCACUUCGACAUUCCCCACAAGGCCGUAUUCGGGCUUUAGUGAACAGCAUCUCGGCUUUACUUCUCGAGACAUCUCCCCCAUGAGCCCAGAGCAAAAUGUUACAUUCAUGCCUCAUUUCGCACCUCACUCAACUCAAUCAUGGCCCACCGACCCGAAUGCGUUCCAACCGCCCCAAAUUUGUAACGGAGAUAUGUCUCACUUUGCGGGAAUCGGUUCUCCCACCACGGUAACUCCAUCGACUGCUAUUUCAUCGUCAUCAAACAAUGUCAUAUCUACUGCUAUAUCCCCGCCCAGCGUCGGGUUUGGUGGCAAUACAAUCCACGAACCGGAGAUUGCAGGAGACUGCCGGCUUCAAGAACAUCUGCCCCAAUCAGUGACCCAGCCAUCAUAUUACGUCGUCACUGAAGCGGCUCUGCCUCAAGUUCUCCAAGUCAUCAAUAUAAUGUCACCUCAAUCAAAAGUCAUCGUACUUGUCCCUCCGGAAUCUUCAAAUUCUAUUUCAGCUGGCAUACCAAUAAUGCCCCCAUCCAGCCCCUAUUAUGGAGAAAACUUCAAAGUGCCAGGGGAAGAUUUACCACCACUGCAAACGUCACAAAAUUUGAGCUGCCUCUGCUAUCCCCAUACUGCUCAAACUGGUUCGCCAGCAGAGUCAUCUCCCAGAGCAAGGAUCGGUCCUGGAGUAUACGCAACAUGUCCACUUCACAAAGUGGCACUCUCGAAUUUUUCAAGUGGAGGUCUUCCUACUAGAAUGUUGUGA